AUGAUGCGAGGUACAAUGCUAUUUUUGCCAUUCAUAGCAAUAUGUUCGUUCACGUUGCACCCGACGUGUCACGCCCGAGAACUGGUUAGUGCGGAAUCGCGUAUCAGUCGGCGUGAUGUGCGAGGAAAGAACAAUGACCAUCAUGUAGGUCAUUUAGAGCCGAUCGUAGUGUCGUCAAUCGCAGAGGUAGGUGACCUCGAAACGGCAGCAACUGAACAUAAGGGUCAUCAUCAUGAAUCCGGUGGUGGUCAUAAACAUGAAUCUCAUCAUCACGAGGACCACGGUGGAAAAGGUGAGAAGGGAUACAAGAGUCACCAUCAUCACGAUAAAGGCGAUAGUGGCAAACACGAUAAAGAACAUCAUUCUGGUCAUCAUGAGGAACAUGGUGGCAAAAAGAAGGGUCAUCAUGACGAGCACGAAAAGUACGGCGAACAUCAUGAGGGCGAAAAAGGUCAUAAAGGUGGCAAGUUCGGUGAGAAGAAGGGUCAUAAGAAGGGCCAUAAGACGAAGGGUUACCACAACAAGUUCCACAAAGAUGAGUUUCACAAAGAGCACAAAUUUUACGAUGAUUAUCAUAAAGGCGGACAUCAUGAGAAACACGGUGACUUUCAUGGUCAUCAUGAGAAAAAGGAAGGUCACCACAAAAAGGGGGGUCAUCAUCAUUCCGGCUUCCACGAAGAUCAUCACGGUAAAAAGGGUCAUCACGACAAAGGUCAUCACGACGAGGAACAUAAAGGCCAUCAUGGCAAGCAUGGCCAUGAGGAGCAUCAUUCGCAUCACGAUGCACAUGGCAAGAAGGGCGAUCAUCAUUCCGGAAAGAAAUACGGUUAUAAGAAAGGGCAUUAAAAUUGUACAUAGAUUCAAGUAUUAUAGAUCAAAAAGUAAUUGCUCGUUUUACAUUAUUAUGACUUAUAUCUAUUUCAGACUAUAUCACGAUUUGUGACGACAUUUUAUAAUCGUACAUUUUGUAUUGUUCUUUAUAUAAUAUAAAUAUGCGCAAAUGUACUAACGCGCGCAAAGAAAUUGUUU